AUGCUCUACGAUCUCAACAUCUCCUGGUCGCCUUCGACCAAGAUAGCUGACCUCGAGAAAAUAUUACGCUUCAGCUCCUCGCUCGGCUACGAUGUUGUCGCAAUCAACCACACGAUCGGAGCCCCUAUUCCCAGCCAGAUCGUCAAUUCAAUCCCCCAGCUCACGCCUCCCCCCAAAUCCCACCCACAACCUCAGUCGUCCAACACCCCGUCACCCUCAAGUAGCCUGCCCGCGACUCUCCGGCGCGUCACAGUCCUUGUCGCCGAUCCAGCCACCAAUCACCGAUUGCCCGCGCUCGCCGCCGCCUACGACAUCCUCGCCGUACGUCCCACAACCGAGAAGGGCUUCCAGGCGGCGUGCACGUCCAUCACGGAGGCGAGCCUCAUCAGCCUCGACCUAACGGCCUUCUUCCCCUUCCACUUCCGCCCCAAGCCCGUCAUGGCCGCCGUCAACCGCGGCGUGCGCUUCGAGAUCUGCUACGCGCAGGCGCUGACCGGCGACGCCCGCGCCCGCGCAAACUUCAUCGCCAACACCAUCUCGCUCGUCCGCGCGAGCAAGGGCCGCGGCCUGGUCGUCAGCUCCGAGGCCAGGGCCCCGCUGAGCGUGCGCGCCCCCGCCGACGUGAUCAACCUCAUGGCCGUGUGGGGGCUGGCUACGGAGCGGGGCACCGAGGCGCUCGGCGUCAAUCCGCGAGGCGUGGUUGUGAACGAGGGCAUCAAGCGGCGCGGGUUCCGGGGCGUGAUUGACAUUGUGGAGACCCCUGGGAAAGACGCAAACGAUACUAGCGGAGAACGGACAGACGAGGGGAAUGCUGGCGAGGGAAAAGACACAACACGAAAGGACAAGGUGUCAGGUGCGGACAAGAAUCAAGUGCCGGUGAUUGGCAGUAAACGAAAAGACAAGGCGGACGGCGGGGAUGAUACGGGCAAGAGCCCUCAGCAGACAAUGAGUAAGAGGCAAGCCAAGAAGAUGAGAAUUGCAAGCAUGAACGCUGCAAGUCAAUCGUAG